AUUUAAUUGCGCCAAUUAUUGGUUCAAACAUCACACAAAUCUAAUGUUGGUGAUCGGCUGGAUUUUUGGUACACUACUGGGUAGUGUCCAGGUCUUCCACUCCAAAACAGUGGCCUUUCUCUACAAGAAUAUCACGUAUUAUGACUGUCGAGAGGAAUGGGAUGAGGCCGAGGGAAAGGCGUAUACUGUCAUCAUAUUUCUAUUGACAUUCUUAGUGCCACUGUUUGUCCUGGCUUACACUUACGGCAAUAUCGGAUACAAGAUAUUCUUCUAUAAGGCACCCAACAGUUCCCAAUCCCUUCAUUUGCGGGCUAAUAAUAAAUCCAAA